GAAAGGUAAUUUAAUGUAAUGCCUAAUUGGAAUGGUUUCUGAUCAGAAUUUUUCAUUUGUUUUGGUUGCAGCUUUUCAGUUGGAUGCAAAAUAAGCUCAAUGGGAAUAAACAAGUGAUCAAUAGAAAACCAAAUGCAGCUUCAUUUACUUAUCAUGUUAAACAAGAUUCUCGAGAGGAAUUCAGUGAUUGGCCUCAUGGGUUGCUGGCAAUUGGAACUUUUGGCAACAAUGAAUUAAGAUCAGAAAAUCUUGAAAUCCAAGAAGUUCAAGAAGUCCAACAUGUUAAAGAAGAAGAAGAAGAACAAGAGGACACAUCUUCCUCAGAGGAUUUACAAGAUUUCACACCUGAAGAGAUUGGAAAAUUACAGAAAGAAUUGACAAAGCUCUUAUCAAGAAAACCAACUUCUGAUAAGGAAAAAGAAGUUGCUAAAACCCUUCCAUUGGAUAGAUUUCUCAAUUGUCCAUCAAGCUUGGAGGUUGACAGAAGAAUCAGGAACACGGUCACUAGUGAUAUGGAUGAUAAUGAAGAAGAUAUUGAGAGGACAAUUAGUGUAAUUCUUGGUCGAUGCAAGGACAUUUGUGAGAAAAAGAAAAAGAAAGCAGCAAUUAGGAAGAAAUCCAUCUCUUUCCUUCUCAAGAACAUCUUUGUUUGUAGAAGUGAGUUUGCACCACAACCAAGUUUGAGGGAUACUCUUCAAGAAUCAAGAAUGGAGAAGCUAUUGAGAACAUUGCUUCACAAGAAGAUUAACCAUCAAAAUUCUUCCCGGGCAUCAUCAAUGAAGAAAUAUCUUGAGGAUAAUAAACAGAAAGCAAAGGAGGAAAAUGAAAAAGAAGAAGGAAAGAGGAAUAAGACUUGUGAUGGAUGUAAAUGGGUCAAGACAGAUUCUGAAUACAUUGUUCUUGAGAUAUAAAUUUGCCUGCAAGUUUAAAAAUGACAAGGAUUUACAUCAUACGGUGAGAGCAUUCUUUUCCUUUUUAAACUCUUUUAUUAUUUCUCUUAAUUAUUUCAGUUCUCACUUGA